AACAGAAUAUUAACAAUUAUAAAGUGUAUUAUUUAUUCUUAGUCAAUCUUAAAGUGUUAUAAUAUGCUUAAGACUUGCGAAUGUAAUGCUCAGAUAACUUAAAUAAACCAGGCUUGAAGACGUAUGCAGUCUGCAUAUGCGACCUUCAGAGACUGCAGCCUUCGGAUUGAGAAACUGCCUGAGUGAAAGAUGGCGACUGCAAGAAGCAAUGAGUUUCAGCUAGUUGUCCCUAAAACAGCUCAAGCAGUCACUAUUGAACUUGGGUCUGGAUUUACUGUACCAUGUCACCUGUCACCUGAAAUAAGUGCUGUGGACAUGGAGAUCAGAUGGUUUAAGGAGACAGACUGUGUGUGUCUCUAUAAGAACAGACAGAUGAUUGAAGGGACGAGUUAUAAGGACAGAGUGAAUCCAUUCACUGAGGUGCUGGAGAAAGGAGAUGUUUCCUUAUCACUGAAAGUCAUCAGAGUCUCAGAUCUGGGAGAUUAUGUCUGUCAAGUCACCAGUGGAGACCAAACAGAGGAGAUAACAGUAAAACUAAAAGAAGAAAUACCAUUCUUUAAGGUGUUGGGUAUGAGGCACAAAUUACAUGUAAAACAGAUUAACAGAACCUGGAACGAAGAGGAGAGAUUAAAUAUGGUAGUCUCUGCUUUAAUGUCAGAGUUAGAAAAAUACACAAUUCCUGAAGAGUUGAAAAGACUUUAUUCAGAGCGAGACAAACUCAUACAAAGGAAAGAAAAUAUUAUCCUAGAAAGCAAACAGAUGCUUCAAAUGAAGGACAUGGCAUUAAAGGAAAAGGACAAAUGUCUGAAAGACAUGGAAGAUAAACUGCUGCAAACAAUCAAAGUACUUGAGAAGACACAGAGUCAGCUUGAGGAGAAAGAGACACAAAUGGACAAUAUGAACAAACUGAUGAUUGAGAAAGAGAGACGGCUGGAAAACACAGUCAAACAGCUGGAAACCAACCAACUUCAUCUAUACACAUUGAGAAAUGAACUACAGCAGACUAAGAUACAACUGGAUGAACAGAAAACUAAAUUUAUUUAUCAGGAGAAAACAAUGCAAGAACACAAACAACAGCAGAAACAAUCUGAGCAAGUAGUAAAAUAUCUUCAUUCUGAAGUAAAGAGACUGAAAAAUGAGUCAACUAUACAUUUAGCUGAGCUAAAUGGAAAAUGCAAACGCCUUAAAGACACAGAGAAACUCCUAACUGAUAAAGACACAAAGAUUAAAGAUCUUGAGAAGAGCAAACAAACAGCUUUAGAGGAAAAGGACAAACUUCUAGACAACUCUAAUGAUAAACUUCUACAAACAACCAGAGAGGUUGAGGAAAAACAACGAGAGAUUGAGGAGAAAAAUAUAUUGAUAAGUGAGAAAGAGAGACUACUGGAGAACACAGAAAAACAGCUGGAAACCAGUAAACAUCAACUGGAGACACUGAGAAAUGAACUACAGGAAAAUAACAGCCGACUACAACUACUGCUGGAGGAGAACAAACUACUGGAGAGCUCAAUGUCAACAGCACCAGUAAGAAGAAGAACGAGUUUUGACAUGGAACUUCCAAACAUGAGUGGAGAAACAGCUUCAGUGUUGGUUUCUGGAUCAGAGCUCAGGUUGGUUCUGCUGGGGUGCGCUGGAUCUGAGAAGAGUGCAUCAGUAAACAUCAUCCUGAACAGAGAGGAGAAGAUCCAGACUGAUACAUCAACAGAGAUCCAGCAGAGUGAGAGCAGACAGGGGGAGGUGAAUGGGAAGCAGGUGACUGUGGUGGAAACUCCUGACUGGUUUUGCUCUGGUCUCUCUCUGGAGGAGGUGAGAGAGGAUGUGAGACUCUGUGUCCGUCUGUCUGCUCCAGGACCUCACGUCUUCCUCCUGGUCAUACCAUUACAACAAUCUACUGGAGUAGAGAGAGCAAUGCUGGAGAAAAUGGAGGAGAUUUUUGGGGAGAGAUGUUGGAGAAACACAAUGAUCCUUUUUACUGUUACUGAAGAAGAACAAAAGAAGAACAUUGAGGAUUUUGUCCAGUCAGGGAAUCAGGAGGUCCAGAGACUUGUAGAGAAAUGUGGGAACAGGUUUCACUGUCUCAACAUUCAUCAGAGUGGAGAUGAUUCACAGAUCUCAGAGCUGCUGGAAAAGAUUGAUAAGAUGAUGGAAGGAAACACAGAGAGAUUUUACAGCAGUGAGAUCUACCUGGAGAUUGAGUCUCAGAUCAGAGUGAUGGAGAAAAAGAUCAUAAGAGACAGAGAGGAGAGAAAAGAGAGGGAGGAGAGAGAAAUUAAGGAACAAUUAAAAGAACAGGUGGAGAACACCAUGAGAAGCAUAGAGGAAAUAAUUGAGCAACAUGAAGGAGAUAUUAAACAACUUAAUGAGCGAACAGUUGAUCUAGAAAGACAGAUAAGAAACAAAAGAGAUAAAGAGGAAAAGAUAGAACUAAAGAGAGAGUUGGAGAAAGAGGUGGAGAGGAGAACAGAGCUGGAGAGAAAUAUUAACAAGCUGAAAGAUCAGAAAGAGAAAGAGAAGGGUGAGCUAGAGGAGAAACACAGACAGGAGAUGGAGAAGAUCAGGCAGAUGUAUGAAGGAGAAAUCAGGGUGAAGACAGAGAGAAACCUCAUGAAGGUCAUCUUACCUGAACUUCAGAGAAACAUUUUAGAUUCAAAGUUAAAGAUGCAGGAGGAGUUAAUGGACGUGAAGAACAAAGAGAUUGAGACACUGAAAAACAAUCUCUUAAAACUCAAGGAGAAUUACUCCUUAAUGUGUGAGUUUCAUGAAUCAGCAGUAAAGAUCCUGAAAGAGACAAAGAUGGCAACUGGAAGCAGUAAUGAGUUUCAGCUUGUUUUCCCUUUAACAUCCCAGAGAACUAGUGCUCAUGUCGUGAUUGGAUUCAAUAUACCAUGUCACCUGUCACCUGAAACCAGUGCUGUUGACAUGGAGAUCAGAUGGUUUAAGGAGACAGACUGUGUGUGCAUCUAUAAGAACAGACAGAUGAUUGAGGGGAGAGGCUAUGAGGGCAGAGUGAGACGAUUCACUGAGGUGCUGGAGAGAGGAGAUGUUUCCUUAUCACUGAAAGGCUUCAAAUGGUCAGAUGUUGGAAAUUAUGUGUGUCAGGUCACCACCGGAGACAGAACUCAAGAGAUCACAGUAGAAGUAAAAGGAUUAGAAAGACCAACACUAAUAUCUGGUCUGGUAGCUGUAAGUGAGCUGUCUUUUGGUGUAUGUAGAUUAUGUCUAGAAAAGAUAAAUAGAACAUGGACUGAAGAGGAGAGAUUGAAAAUGGAGGACUCUGCUCUAAUGGCAGAGUUGACAGAAAAAUCCAAGAAUCCUGAAGAUUUGAAAAGCUUUAUAACUGAAAGAGACACAAAGAUUAAAUGUCUUGAGGAGUGCAAAGAAAGCCUUCUUACAGAAAGAAACAAACUCAUUCAGGAGAAAGACAAUAUUCUCCUAGAGAGCAAACAAAAGAGAGACAAAGAGCUGGAAACCAGUAUACAUCAAGUGGAGACACUGAGAAAUGAGCUUCAGGAGAUGAAGAUGCAACUGGAUGAACAGAAAACAAAAUUCACUCAUCAAGAGAAAACACUACACGAACACAAACAGCAGCAGAAACAAUAUGAUCAAACAAUAAAAAAUCUUGAUUCUCAAAUAGAGAGAGUAAAAAAUGAGUCAUCUACGCAGUUUGCUGAGUUUAAUAAAAAAUGUAAACGUUUAGAAGACACAGAGAAACUUUUAAGUGAAAGAGACGCACAGAUUAAAGAUCUUGAAAAGAGCAAAGAAACGGCUUUAGAGGAAAAGAACAAACUUCUGAACAUCUCUAAUGAUAAACUAAUACAAACAACCAGAGAGAUUAAAGAGAAAACUAAACUGAUGAGUGAGAAAGAGAGACUGCUGGAGAACACAGUCAAAGAUCUGGAAACCAGCAAACAUCAACUGGAGACACUGAGAAAUGAACUAAAGGACAAGAACAGACAAAUACAACUACUGCUGGAGAAAAACAAACAACUGAAGAGUUCUGCUGGAAUAGAAACAUCAGUCUCAACAGCACUAGUAAGAAGAAGAAACAGCAUAGAUUUUAUUCCUCCAACAAUAAGUGGAGAAACAGCUUCAGCAUUGGUUUCUGGAUCAGAGCUCAGGUUGGUUCUGCUGGGGAGUGCUGGAUCUGAGAAGAGUGCAUCAGUAAACAUCAUCCUGAACAGAGAGGAGAAGAUCCAGACUGAUACAUCAACAGAGAUCCAGCAGAGUGAGAGCAGACAGGGGGAGGUGAAUGGGAAGCAGGUGACUGUGGUGGAAACUCCUGACUGGUUUUGCUCUGGUCUCUCUCUGGAGGAGGUGAGAGAGGAUGUGAGACUCUGUGUCCGUCUGUCUGCUCCAGGACCUCACGCCGUCCUCCUGAUCAUACCAGUACAACAAUCUACUGGAGUAGAGAGAGCAAUGCUGGAGAAAAUGGAGGAGAUUUUUGCGGAGAGAUGUUGGAGGAACACUAUGAUCCUUUUCACUGUUACUGAUGAAGAACAAAAGAAGAUCAUUGAGGAUUUUGUCCAGUCAGGGAAUCAGGAGGUCCAGAGACUUGUAGAGAAAUGUGGGAACAGGUUUCACUGUCUCAACAUUCAUCAGAGAGGAGAUGAUUCACAGAUCUCAGAGCUGCUGGAGAAGAUUGAGAAGAUGGUGGAAGGAAACACAGAGAGAUUUUACAGCAGUGAGAUCUACCUGGAGAUUGAGUCUCAGAUCAGAGCGAUGGAGAGAAAGAUCACGAGAGACACAUGGGAGAGAAAAGAGAGAGAUGAGAGAGAAAUUAAUGAAAAAAUAGAAAAGGAGGUGCAGAGGUCCCUGAGAAAGAUAGAGGGAGCGAUUGAGGAACAUGAAGGAGAUAUCAAACAACUUAAUGAGAGAACAGGUGAACUAGAAAGACAGAUGAGAGAAGAAAAAGAUGAUGAGAAAAAGAAAGAACUAAAGAGAGAGUUGGAGAAAGAGGUGGAGAAGAGAACCAAACUGGAGUUAAAAAUUAAGAUACUUAAAGAUCAAAAAGAGAGAGAGAAAAGUGAGAUGGAGGAGAAACACAGACAGGAGAUGGAGGAGAUCAGACAGAUGUAUGAAGGAGAGAUGAGGGUGGAGACAGAGAGAAACCUCAUGAAGAUCAUCCUACCUGAAUUCAGGAGAAACAUUUUGGAAUCAAAGUCAAAGAUGCAGGAGGAGUUUAACAGACAGAUGGAGGAGAAGAACAGAGAGAUAGAGACACUAAAAAAUCAAUUCUCAGAACUCGAGGAGAAUUAUUCAAUAGUAUGGGACCUUUAUGAGUCAGCAAUGAAGCAAAAUCUUCAAGAAUAAGACAAAUAUUAACAAUUAAAUAUUAGUAAACAAAUACAGCAUGAGUGUGUGUCACGUAACACAACUCAUCUAAAGUAUUUUCACAUUUUAGUGAGUUGAAAAUCUCUGAAAUUCUCAAGACAAAGAGGUGAUAAUGUACAAGAAAGUGUUAAUGGGUUAAUGUGGAGGCAGACAUGCACUGAUUUAUUCUUCUGUGUGAAUGUCUACCACAAUCUCAUAGAUAUAUGUUCAUAUUUUUAUAAGGGUGUCUACUUUGUAUGAAUUUACAAUCUUAUUUGUACAUUUUAGUACAGUAUGUUUUUAUUCCUGUGGCAUUUCAGCUUGGUUUCAAGACAUCUUUUGUCCUGGGAAUUAUUUUGAAUUCUGAAAUCAGCAGUAUGUGUGUAUUGUGAUCAGAUACUGUAAUGUGUCAUGUGCCAAAUAAGACAUUUUUCUUGGUAAAUGAAGCUUCCAGUACAGAAAAACACCAGAAACAAUUGGCUGGUGUAGAAUAAAUAUGUUCUGUUACUAUAUGCAUAACAUUUUUUAACAGACUGUGGAGGGAAUGUUGGGGUGUGAAAUAACAUGGAAUUAAGUAAGGAAUAACUGGCGAUGGGCCAUUGAAUAAUUUAAAAAUGAUGCACCCAAGGUGGUAAUGCGCUGCAGGUGUGCAUUAUUUUUUUAAUAAUCCAAAGGACCGGAGUCAAUUAUUCCACUUAUACCACGGUUACCACAAACAUCGUUCUGGUGACAUUUUUAAGACAUUUGACAGGUUAGGUGUGCGGUUUACAAAAAAUAAUCAACACCCAUAAACAGCCAAUCACUCACUAUUGGAUAUUAAACAUUAUAUGCAAAUAAACUGUAUUUGAAAACAGAUUAGUGCUUCUUAAUUGGUAGAGCAUUGUGCUAGUAGUGCAAAUGUAAUUGGUUGACCAACACACAUACCCAUUAUACUUACAGGUAAUUAUAAAAAAAUAAAAAACCUAAAAAUCUUUAAAAUGAAAAGACUAUAGUUCAAAGGUUUUCAUCGUUAUACCUCAUGGCCUAGUCAGCUCAUAUAGCUUGAUAAAUUCUAAAAAUAUGAAUAGAAAAUAUGAAAACAUUUACAUAGUAAAUAUACACUGGACAAGCCACUUUGAAAUGUUGAUGUUUUUAUGAAUGCAAAAGUGAAGUGACUCUCCCCAUAGACAAAAAAAGUUGGAUGACCCUCCCCUCAACAAAGGAAAUAACACCGUAUAACAAAUAAAAUUAUUUAGAAAAAACAAAGAAAAUAAAUAAAUAUCAAUUUAAAAUCAUAA